AUGGCUUCUCCUCGCCUCGAGACUUUCUGCUGCCCAAAUCGAGACGCAGCCACAGAUUUUGUGGUUAAUUUUCAGCCUCCAUUUUUCUCGGCGAUUUGUUUGAGCAGCGCCGGACUGAGUCUGAUCUUCUCCAUCCUGCAGAUCCUCCCGAAACACAGGGGGUACAGGAGGGUUGGGACAUACCCUCUUCCCAAACCGGCCUCCUCCUCCAGGAUUCUGUUCAUCAUCAGCAUAUGUGACAUUCUGGGAUGUGCAGGAAUGAUUAUCAGAUCCUCGUUGUGGAUCGGACUCCCCACAGUCGUCAGUCAAAUUUCUGUCACUAACAGCAGUAACACGUGGCCGGAAGUUUUGUGUGUGGGCAGCGCAAUGUGGAUCCAGCUGUUCUUCAGCGCCUCUUUCUGGUGGAUGUUUUGUUACGCUGUGGACGUGUAUCUGGUGGUUAAACGAUCUGCUGGAAUCAGCACGAUCGUUCUGUAUCACAUGAUCACGUGGGGUUUGGCGGUGCUGCUGUGUGUGGAAGGCCUCGCCAUGCUUUAUUACCCCUCACUGUCCAGUUGUGAGAAAGGGCUCCAGCAUGCUGUUCCUCACUAUGUCACCACCUACGCUCCCAUGAUGCUGGUGAUUCUGAUUAAUCCGGUUCUGUUUACUCGCACCGUCACCACCGUCACGUCUCUGCUGAAAGGACGACAAGGAAUUUAUACAGAAAACGAGAGACGUUUAGGAACUGAAAUUAAAAUACGAUUCUUCAAAAUCCUGCUGGUGUUUUUUAUUUGCUGGUUGCCGAACCUGAUCAAUGAAAGUUUAUUAUUUUAUUUGGAAAUGCAACCCGACGUUCAAUCUGCUGAACUGAAUAACGUUCGGAAUGCAAUUCUCAUCACCUGGUUCAUCAUGGGUGUGCUGAACCCCAUGCAGGCUUUUCUUAACACACUAGCGUUUCAUGGAUGGACGGGACUGGACGUGGAUCUGAGUUUACAGCGACGGCGUGAGUUAGCGUGGGAUUCAGCUUCGACAUCGAUAGCGACACCCGGCGGGUACAAUCCCAUGAUCCCCUCCACCCUGCUGCACCAGAGCCACAUACAGGAUGGGAAGAAGAUCACCAAGAAUGGACAUUUAUCUGAUGCUGUCAGCGUACUGUCUGAAGAUUCUGAAUCCAGUACCAUAGAGAUCCACAUAUCCACUGAACAUCGAGAUGGUGAGGAAGUGGAAGUAGAACCUACAGAAGAUUCAGCGAGGAGAUAGAUUAAAAAAAACUUCUUAAUAUUUUUAUUAGGAGAAAUUGUGUCUGUU